GCACUUUUUCGUCUGUUGGAAUCGCGACUGCAACUGUUAUCAUGUUUAACCGUCUAGUUUAGGUUGCCUGAUUAUCUUAAUUCUAGGCUUGUGUUGCUCUCACUUGUUUUCUUAAAUUGUUAAAUGUCAGCGCAUACUGUUUACUUGCUUUUGUUUACUUAUCGGUUACUUACUUUUUAUCGUUAACGUUAUGCAGUACUGCACAUCACCAUGCAACAUUCAAUAUAUUGUUCCAAUGUAGAAACAAAAUUAUCAAGCACCUAAAGUUACGACGAAAUAUAAGAGGGAUCUACGGCCGCUCAUGCAGAGACUUUUAAAGAAAGUCAAAUUUUGCUUCAUUAUGCUUGAACGUCGCUCAAACUAAUUUUAGAACUGAAAUAUUUUGAUUAAUAAUAACCACUAAAUACACAACUGUUUACUGCCUCAACCUGAGAGGUUCCAUUGAUCAAAGUUGCAUAUCUUCCUCUUGCCUAGUGACUACAGGCCUGUAGUGAAUCUCGAAUAUGAGAAAGGUGGAUGGCCUGCGAGUGGUCUUUACGACAUGUAGCAUAUGGAGCAUCCUGGAUCAGCUGGGAUAGCAAUCCAGAUCUGUGGUAAUCUUACGAAUUAUUUCAGUGUGCUAGUAAAAAGUUCUAUAUGAGACGUACAGCAGUUGACUAUCGGGAUGGGCAAAAUGAGUGAUUGCUAUCUCUGAUUUCUGUGAAAAUAUGGCAGCUCGAUAACUUGGCAUUUGAGAUCGGACGUGAUCAUUUCUUGGUUUCUGAAUCCCAAAAGUGUGGCAUGACUUUAUGUAUCAGUUUGAAAUAUGACUUUCUAGACGAUCUGUUGUUUAUCAAAGUCCUCAACCUUAACAUAUGAGCAACAAUUUUCUUAUCAUCUUGGGAACAUUAAUUUCGUUAUGUGAACUAUUGUACAUGUGGUUAAAAUUGUUUUAAGGCUUGACUUAAAGAAUUCCAAGAAUGCGGGGGGAUUCUCUUCUUUCUGUUGUUAAAGGCACGUUAGUUUUCCAGUUACAGGAGAAUAUUAAUAUUGCCCGCCUUGGUGGUCUAAAAUACGUACUAAAUGUAUUGUGCGAAUCUGGACACGUGAUUUUUCUCAUAUUCUUUUCAGGAGAAAAUAUUUCCUUCGUUGAUCGUCAUUUUGUUAGUCUUAUUUCCUUGUUACUGUAACAAACCAAAACGUUCGUUCACUGUCGACUACUACAAUCAUGUGUUUGUGAAAGAUGAUGCACCUUUUCAAUAUGUUUCCGGAAGUAUACAUUAUUUUCGCAUUCCGGAACAGUACUGGCACGAUCGACUUUUGAAAAUGAAGGCUGCUGGGUUGGAUGCCGUUCAGAUUUACGUACCAUGGAAUUUCCAUCAGCCCGAAAAUGAUGUAUAUGAUUUUGAUGGUGAUCGGAACUUGGGAAGGUUUUUGGAGCUGGCUUCAUCUUUAGAUCUGUUGGUAAUUGCACGAGUCGGACCAUAUAUAUGUGCUGAAUGGGAUUUUGUGAGUUUGAAAUACCAAUGCGUUACGUAUUUAGUGUUUCAUUCACAACGAAUUCUACUUCUAAGCAGUGAAUCUGUGCUUCGUUUCAGGGUGGCUUACCAGCUUGGCUUUUGCGGUUUAAUCCGUUGAUGAAGUUACGCUCCAGUGAUCCAGAAUAUAUGAAGUUUGUGACGAUGUGGUUCAAUGUUUUGUUACCGAGUAUGAAACGUUUCCUCUAUGAGAAUGGUGGGCCGGUAAUUAUGGUGCAGUUGGAAAAUGAAUAUGGCUCCUAUUCAACAUGCGACGAAACAUACUUAAAAGAGCUUUACAAUUUAGCACGCUCACAUCUAGGGGAAAAUAUCAUAAUUUUUACAUCUGAUGGUCCAUCCAACAGCUUAUUAAAAUGUGGUUCAUCUGACAAACGCUAUCUAGCAACAGUUAACUUUGGUCCUACAACUGCUCCUGUACUUGAGGUUUUCAAAGUAUUGGAGGAUUUCCGACAGAAUCAACCCUGGGUAAAUAGUGAAUAUUAUGUUGGUUGGUUAGACGUGUGGGGCGGGGAUCACCAUAUUACUAAUCCUGAAUGGGCAGUGGAUGGACUAAAUCAUCUAAUCAGCUAUUCAAUGAGAGUCAAUGUAAAUAUGUAUAUGUUUCACGGUGGAACUAAUUUUGGAUUUUGGAACGGUGGUGCAAGACCUGAAUCAUCAAUUACAAGUUAUGAUUAUGAUGCUCCAAUCAGUGAAGCUGGUGAUAUAACAAGAAAAUAUAUGAUAAUAAGAGAUCUACUUUUCCGGAGAAAAGGCACCGAACCACCGGAGUUACCAAGAAAUACUACAAAGAUUUCGUAUGGUCGUGUUAAUAUGAAAUUUGAAUCUCAUCUUCUAGAAAAUAAAGCUCCUGUUACUCAUUCUGCGUUUCCUCUGAUUAUGGAAAGUUUGCGACAGUAUGACGGCUUUAUGAUUUAUUCAGUCACUGUAACAGUCCCACGCAAUGGAUCUAUUUUUCUGGAGUUCUUUGGUAUCUCAGACAUAGCGCAUAUUUAUACUGGAGAUAAAUCUGGGCAUUAUACAUUUCAUGGCUCAAUACGAUAUAAAAAUAGAACGUUUCAAUUAAACAACAUGCAUGAUGUAAGUAACCUUACUAUAAUUGCUGAAAAUGCUGGACAUAUUAAUUAUGGAUCUAACAUGUAUUCGGAUGUAAAGGGUAUUACUGGACCGGUAAUAUUGAAUGGAAAAGAACUUCGAGAUUGGACAAUGAUUCCAAUUAGAGAUCCGUUUGCUAUAGUGAGCACAAACAAAAUGAAACAUUUUCUGUCAGAAAAGAAGUGGCCAGUACCUGGAUCUAUUUAUCAUGGGGCAUUCAUUGUUGAGGAUUUGGGAGAUACUUUCAUCCAACCUGAUAGCUUUGUGAGGGGAAUAAUAUCGGUUAAUGGUCAUCAUGUAGGACGAUUUGAUCAGCAACAAGGACCACAGUUUCGACUGUAUGUACCGAAAACAUUUUUAAAACUGGGUAGAAAUCAUAUAACAAUCACAGAAUUACGAGGUCCUAUAAAAGAUAAUGCACAUCAUGUCCAUAUUACAUUUCAUGAUCAAAUGCUUUGGAAGUAAUUAUUUAUCAUUUUGUGAAUGCCAGUUUUAAGCCUUACAAUGUAUUAAUUGGACAAAACUAAUUUUUGAAUUUCUUUUAUUCAUUAUUAUUUUUAUUGCUGCCUAUUAAUAUACACAAUGAACAUUGCGCAUUUGUUAGAUUCUCGUUAGUUUCUAAAUGUCCUAAAAGUACAUGUGUUUGCGAAAAUCAUUGUCUUACAUUUUCCAUAAUUCUGGUCAUUACAGUCAUCUUUUAAGCAGUUUGAGGUGCUUGUUUAUGGAAAUAAAGAAUAAUUGUUUA